AUGCACGCCGACCCCUCCUCGUCCAUCGACCUCGAAAAAAUCUUCGACGGCCACGACAUCAGUGGUUUCAUGGAGGCCAAGUCCAUCGAGGCUUGCCAGACAGACCUCCAGAUUGUCAGGUUGAGGACCCUGGCUGAGCUUAUCCGAAAGCUCGAUUGUUCGACGCGGUCAUCUACGACAGUUUCCUCCCGUGGGUGCUCAAUGUGUCCAACCAGAGCGAUAAGCUUGGAUGUGGUUUUCUUCACGCAGACAUGCGCAGUCAACAACAUAAAUUACCACGUGCAACGCGGCUUGCUUCCGCUUCUGCUUUCGGGAGGCAGCGUCGAGGUCCCGGGGUUGCCGCCUCUCGAGCCGCCGGAGACACCGUCGUUCUUUCCUCGUUGUCUAACAGCUGAACAUGGACCAUACAUUGACAUCAUACCGUGA